AUGGAUGUGUCUUCACCGCCAAUGAGUGGCAACAAUCUAAUAGAUCAUAAUCAUACUAACACUAACACCAAUCAAACAGCUAGUUUUCAAACAACUUCUACCUCUCCAAUUACACAACCAGUAGCAUCACCCGAAAAUCAAACAAUUACUUCAUCAACAGGAACCAAGAAAGUCACCAUAACAUCACCAGCACUAACUACAACAAAACAAUCUCAGCAGCAGCAUGGUUUUGCCCCAAGUGAAAGUGGAAAAUCAGGAAGUUCGUUUAGUCAUAGUAAACUAAUGUUACGAACAUGUUGUGGUGUGGUAGAGUUGACUUCAAUGAAAUUAGCAUGUUUAGCCGGAAUGGUGGUAACAGUGUUUGGUUUGUUGGUUUUAGCAGCUAUUUCUAUUGCUUCUUUCGUUAUGGCCACAAAUAAGUCAACAGAUAUUUUAAUUAAUAUUGGACGUGCAAGCUAUCUCUUUGAAAGUUCAAAUGCUUUUGUUGUAAAGUAUGUCUUUACUAGUACUCCAAAUAAUGGGGCUAAGUUUGUUGAAGCUCAGCUUUUGUACUAUAAUUUCACUAAUGAAAUGGGGGAUAUUGUGGCGGAUAUUGUAGGACAGUUGAAUGAACCAUCUCUGAAAUCUUUAAUUAAUGCCACAUCCGUUGAAGCAAUUAAACUUUUACAAAAGGAGAAUUCUCAAAUAUUAGUCCAGUUCAAUUUAGGACAAGCACAAGAUGUAUAUGCUAGAUUGAACUCUGACACUUACAAUGACAUUCUCUCCAAGUUCAAGAGUGGAUUGGAUGGUUUAGUUUCUUUUAUUCAGGAUAAGGAAAAGGAAAAGGAUACUCAAGUGUUGGCAAUUACAUCUGUUCAAUUGAUUGUUAUUGUAAUAUCACUAUUUGUAGUAUUACCCAUCAUUGUAUUUGUAUUUACCUUUGCUAUUAAUCGUGACUCAUUAUAUUUGGAAAAGAUCCGUCGUGCCAAUGCUAUCAUGUUAAUAGACACAAUGGAAGAUGAUGGACUGAGAGCUGUAUUCAAGAUACAUUGUGAAAAGGAAAAGUCUAGUGAAAAUUAUUUGCUUCUGGAAAAGAUUCAAUAUUAUAGAUCAUUGUGUGAACGUUCCUUAGAACUGCAAGCAAAACUAUUCCGAGACGAUCCAAACAGCGAUAGUUCAAGUGAUAUUUCAGAAUCAGCUCAUCCUGCAAAGAAAAAGAAGGAAUCUUCUCUCGAAAGAGAAUAUAAUGAAUUGGAAGUUAAAAAGUAUGAAGUUGCUUUUGAAAUAUUUACUGAAUUCUUGGAAGUUACUGGCGUUAUGUCAGUAAAUAUUUCACACUUGCUGGUUAAUGCUGUUAAGGAUAAAUUGGACAAGUAUAAUGAUAAGCAAAUUGAUAGUCUUCCAGAGGAUAUGUUCAAUGUUUUGGAAAAGGAAACAUGUCUUGUAAUGAUGGAUACUCACCACAGAUUCAAGCAAUCUCUUGCUUUCCAACGUGAAAUGAAGAUUGACAAGAUUAAAAUUGACCAGCUCAAGAAGAAGAAGGAAACAGACGAUUUUUAAAUCUGUGUAGAUAGAUUUGUUGCAUUACAUUACCAAUUAUUCAAAUCGGAUUUGAAUAAACUCUGAACAAGUCAAGUAUUGACUUUCC